UGUUAACUACUAUUUGUAAAGAAAUUAAAUUUUAACUGGUAUUUGUAGAGAUUGAAUUUUAACUGUCAUCUCUAGAGAGACUAUUGACAGUGAAGAUUUGAAAGAGACUACGAGAAAAAUGGAAGAAAGAAAAUGAAGAAAACUUAUUUCCUGGCAGAACUGUUCUUAUCUUCUCUUGUGAAGAAACAAGAUUUGAGAGACAGCUGAAAUCAUGAGAGUUGAGUGGUGGGACUGUGCUCUAGAUGUGAGGAGAGAUCAAAAGUAAUAGUAAUGGUAAAAGAGGAGUCUGGCUAUGAUCUUUCUUACAGCUAAAAGAUUGCAAAUAAUUAUUUAAACAAGUGUGCCUUUGUGUUAUUGUUAUUAGUUACAUUGCUAGUAAAUCAUGUUGCCACUAACUUUGAUAUGUAUUUAAGCCAAGAAGAUUAGGAGUUUUGAUAAAAAGAGAUGAGCAACUACCCAUAGGGAAAAAGAGGUUUCUUCAGUUUAUUAGGCACUAUGAGGUAAGCAGACCUAGAAGAACAGUGACCACAAUGGUGACCACAAUGACCACAAUACUAUGAGGGAAAACAACAAUGAAAGACUUCAGAACUCUAAUUACUACAGAGUACAAUCAUGAUUUCAGAAGACUGAGAGUGAAGCACCCCUCCUGUCUCUUUUCAGAGGGUGUGGACUGACUCCUGUCUAGGUUUGGAGGUAUUGUGGCCCAACAGAUGCUGUACCCUCUCAUUGGCAGAGUCUUCAUUCAUACGUUGGGACCUGCUAGUUUUGUGGAUCUGCCUGAUACUGAUCCCAGACCCAAUACUCUUGUCACCUUCCAUGCCCACCUACUGGGGCAUCCAGAUUUGCCUCGAUGGCUCCACUACACCCAGCGCAGCCCCAGUCAGCCUGGUUUCCUCUAUGGGACCCCUACACUUGAAGACCGAGGCCAACAAAUCAUUGAGGUCAUAGCCUACAACAGAGAGAGCUUUGAGACAACCCGAAACAGGCUGGUGCUGCUGGUAGGGGAGCCUGAAGGCCCUUCACUUCCAUACGAAGCUGAAUUCCUGGUGCAAAGCCAUGAUGUGGAAGAGGUGCUGCCCUCACCUAUUGGGCAGCGCUUUUUGACCGCCCUGGGUGGACUCUGGGUGCCUGGGGAACUGCAGUUACUCAACAUCACCUCUGCUCUGGACCGUGGAGGUCGUGUCCCUCUUCCCAUUGAAGGCCGCAAGGAGGGGGUUUACAUCCAAGUGGGUUCUGCCAGUCCCUUCUCCACCUGCUUGAAGGUGGUAGGGUCUCCUGCCAGCCAUGACCGCUGCACCCAGGGCCAGCCGCCACUUCUGUCCUGCUAUGACAGCUUCGUACCCCACUUCAAAGUCGACUGGUGCAAUGUGUCCCUGGUGGAUAAGUCAGUACCUGCACUACCUGGGCCGGUGCCCACCUGGGGCGAUGGCAUUUUGGAGCAUGAUCCAUACUUCUGCCCCCCAACGGAGGCACCUGACAGAGACUUUCUGACGGAUGCCCUGAUCACCCUCCUAGUGCCGCUGCUGGUCGCCCUGCUUCUUACCCUGAUUCUGGCUUACAUCAUGUGCUGCCGAAGGGAGGGCGUGUUGAAGAGAAACCUUGCUACCUCUGACAUCCAGAUGGUUCACCACAGCACCAUUCAUGGCAACACGGAGGAACUCCGGCAGAUGGCAGCAAACCGAUCAGUGCCCCGGCCUCUGUCCACCUUGCCCAUGUUCAAUGUGCGCACGGGUGAGCAGCUGCCUCCCUGCUCUGACAUUGCCCAGGUGCCCCUCAUCCUUGACCAACACUGAGGACCUCUGACUUCUCCAGGGAAUGGCCACAUCCCAUCUGAGGAAUCCAGCUGCUGAAUCACUUACAACAAGGGGCCAUGCUGGGGUGUGGGCUGGAGCCAGGGUGUGGGAAGUGGUGGGGGCCAAGAGGGAUUAGAGAAAGAGAGAAAAUAAAUUCACUCAUCUGA